AUGCCAGCUCUUCGGCCACUCUUACGAUCUCCUAACCAUCAAGUCCGUCGCCUUGCCUCGAGUUCUACUUCUACCUCCACUUCCUUGUCCGAUCGGCAGUCUCCCAUUCGCCGCACUUCUUCAUGGUCUUCCCAGCCACCUCGCCAUCUUCUCUCCAUCUCAGAUCUGACAGAUAAGGAGUUUGCGCAUCUCGUUGAUAAUGCCACCAUAAUCAAGGGACACUAUAAAAGUAGAUCAUGGCCAUUACGGAGUGCCCUAUCCGGUCAGACAAUAGCGCUUAUGUUUUCCAAGCUGUCAACUCGUACGCGUGUGUCAUCCGAAGGCGCUAUUGUCGCAAUGGGCGGGCACCCCAUGUUCUUGGGCAAGAAUGACAUCCAGCUAGGCGUGAAUGAGAGUCUCUACGACACAUCGGUGGUUAUCUCAAGCAUGGUGUCAGGCAUCGUCGCUCGGGUCGGUCCACACGCUGAUAUUGCGGCACUGGCCAAAGACUCAUCUGUUCCGGUGAUCAGUGGACUAUGUGACACAUAUCAUCCCUUGCAAGCCAUUGCAGACUUUGCGACAAUGGCCCAAACCCUUCCUCAAAGCCAAAUGGCCAAGGGUCUACGGGGAAAGAAGAUCGCCUGGGUGGGAGAUGCAAAUAAUGUUCUACAUGACCUUUGCAUUGGAGCAAGGAAAUUGGGUGUGGACGUGGCCGUGGCUACUCCGGAAGGCUACGGGCUGUCUCAAAAGAUCAAGGACGAGAUCAAUGCGGCUGGUGAUGGGGAACUAUUCGAGACGACUGUGCCGGAGGAAGCGGUCAAGGGGGCAGAUUUUAUCAUAACGGACACCUGGAUAUCUAUGGGCCAGGAAGAGGAAAAGGCAAAACGCUUGGCCGCAUUUGCAGGUUACACAGUUACAGAGGACCUGGCCCGCCGAGGGGGAGCUUCCACUAACUGGCAGUUCUUGCAUUGCUUACCUCGGCAUCAGGAGGAAGUUGAUGAUGAGGUAUUUUACGGCGGACGGUCUCUGGUUUUCCCUGAAGCGCAAAACAGGCUGUUCGCUGCCAUUUCUGCGAUGGAGGCCUUCUUUGUCAGGCCUGGAACAAUUAGGAGACAUGUUGUCGGGCCGGUUUUUCGACGUGUAUCGCAUGGCGCCACUGCAACAAAGGUUGAAGGUGCCGUUCCAGAGCGAUCUGGUUAG